AUGAAGAGCUUCAAGUACCUGUAUGUGCCAUGGAAUCCCAAUGACCCCAUCGAGGAACGGUCCCUCGAAUAUGACGAGAAGAGCGAGCUGGCGUGCCUGAUCAACGCCCUCCAGGCGCACUUCCGGGGCACGUCGAAGAGCGCGGACCAGCUGAGUCAGCAGAAGAGUCAGCUGCGGGCCUCUGUCAAGGGGCAGGGCGCGGUCGACGAGGGCCUCCUGGACAUGGCCACGGACAUGCAGCUCGUCGAGGCGGUCCCGCUGCUCACCAACAACGCGGAGUCCCGGUACACAUGCGUGAACAUGUACGUCGACGAUUCGGGCCAAAUUAAGAACCUCCCGCCCAACCCGCGGGCCUCCCAGAUCGCCCAGACGUGCGGAAACCUCAGCGAGGUCCGCGGGGACGCGUUCAUCGCGCGCGUCGUCGACGACGAGGCGGGGGAUGUAUUCCGGCGAGAGGACUUUUGCAUGUCCGACCUGAGCAGCGACUCCCCCUGGAUGAAGCUCGCGCGCCAGCAGUGGGCCAGGAAGGCCCAGGAGCGGCCCCUGGAGGAGCGUUUCCCCGAGAUGGCGGCGCAGGCCACGCAGGGGGCCCCGAAAGCGACGGUUGCCGAAGCACGGGCGCUCAAGCCGCCGGAGCCGCAGGCGGCGCCGCCGGGCGCGGCGGAGAAGGACAUGGGCAACAAGGCCUUUGCGGCGGGCAGGAACGAGGACGCGGUCGAGUUCUACACGAAAGCCCUCGAGAUCAAUCCAGGCCUCGUCGCAGCGCGCAACAACCGCGCGAUGGCGCUCCUGCGGCUCGGAAAGCUCGACGCGGCCAUCGCCGACUGCACCGCCGUCCUCGAAGCGGAGCCGAACAACGUCAAAGCGCUCCUGCGACGCGGCGCCGCGCGGGAGCAGAGUGCCGCGCCCGGGGAGGCCGGCGCGGCCGCCCGUGCGGCGGCCGCAGACGACUUCUUCGCGGUGCUGAAAGUCGAGGGGAAAAACAAACAGGCCCUAGAGGCGGUCGGACGCCUGGCGCCCGGCCCGCCGGCGGCGCCAGCGGUAGGCUCUUAG